AUGUCUCUCCACGAAUACAUCAAUAAAAAGGUCCUGAUCAUCACAGUUGACGGCCGGAGUCUUGUCGGCGAUCUCCUGUCAACCGAUCAAAUGACCAACCUCGUGCUUGCGAAUACCGUCGAGCGCAUCAUCCGCACCCCAGAUGAUGAUGAGCCCUCAACCGAAAUUGAGCACGGGCUGUACCUGAUUCGCGGCGAUAAUGUGGUGAUGUGCGGUGAACUAGACCCGAAGAUGGACGCCGAAAUCGACUGGACCAAAGUGAAGGGCGAAGUAAUCCGGGACACGAAGAAUGCAUAA